AUGCCUUCCAAGCGCAAGCGAUCCGGCGACAGUGAAAAUGCCGAUGACUCUAAGCGUUAUGCCUACUUGAAUCCAAGCAUCCGUCGAGUUCCCGAGAAGACAAUAAAAGCGAAAUGGUCUACCCUGCCAGAGCCCGUUCAAGACAAAGUCCGCGACUUGUUUCAUUCACUCGAACGCCCGGUGAUCGUGCGACAGCAGAAUGAGAAGAAGCGCAUUGAAGCACAGAGUGCCGUCAAUGCCGUACGAUCGCUUGAGGUCAACCUCGCCACGAUGAAGGACAGUAUUGAUCUCUUAAAAGCCGAAAUUGCGAAAGAAGAGGCCCUUCUUGCGGACGAAAAGAAAUCUCUUCAAGAAAUGGAUAAGAAUGCAAAGAGAGCUGAGGCAGAGAGGAAGCGCCAAACUAAGAAUGAACAUCCUGUGCUCCGGCAGUUGGAUGAGCUCCCCCAAAUCGCCGAUCAUGCAACCGGAUUCUCUCUCUUGGAUACCACAGGUGGCCAAGCAGGGCUGGAAGAGUUGGACGCGGAUCCAGUGAUUCAGAAGCUGAUGAACCAACUCCAUGGACAUCUGCAAUCCAUGCAAAGCAAUAUCGCACCGAUGGCAGGACUCAGUGAUGCGAUCACCCGCUCACAAGCCGCCUUGGACCAUUACUCCAUGUCGAACGACUGA